GCCGUGCCCAUGUCGGACGCGCUCUCCGCCGGCUCCCGCCCCGAGCCCCCGGGCGGCGACACCGCGCCCCGGGACCCCGCAGAAAAUGAAGACUCAUCCCAAAAGACAGAGCCUGCAGAUCAGCUAGUUGGUUCUUUGGAGUCCAGUACUUCGCAGAGCGGGUCACAAUCUGGGCCGCACCUGAGCACGGGCACAACAGAGCACUCAAAGGAAGAAAUUGGCACGCUGGGGUACCAGAAAGUGGCUGAACUAGAGGAGAAGCUGCCUGACCAAGUCCAGUCUCUCAAAAAGGAAGCUGUUCCAUUAACCAGCUACCAUGUACCUCAGGGAGUAGGGGAUAUAGUCAUGAUUCAGUCAGAUCACACUGGUGCCGUGGAUAUCCUUUCAGCUGAGCUGGAGACCGCAGACCUCCUUGGGGAGCAGAGAAAAGCUCAGCCUCCCCCUCUGGCUGCACCCACCAUGUGGACCACUGAGAAGAUGAAGGAAUUCAAAGCCAAGAUGGGAAAGGAGAAGAAUGGCCGGAUGGUGGUGAAGCGAGGCGAGGUGGUGACAGUCCGUGUUCCAACCCAUCCUGAUGGGAAAUGCAUUUGCUGGGAGUUUGCUACAGAUGACUAUGACAUUGGGUUUGGAGUCUAUUUUGACUGGACCACAGUUACUAGCACUGCCAUUACCGUUCAGGUCAGUGAAUCCAGUGAUGAGGAGGAUGAAGAGGAGGAUGAGGAAAUUGAAGGACUGUCCCCUGCAGGUGAUGUGGAACGGGGUUCCAAAAGCUAUCUGCGGAACCGCUAUGGAGAGAUCAUGCCUGUGUACCGGAGGAACAGCCACCGGGAGGUACAGGCAGGCAGCCAUGAGUACCCGGGCGAGGGCAUCUACCUGCUGAAAUUUGAUAACUCGUACUCUCUGCUCCGCAAUAAGACUCUGUUCUUUCACGUCUACUACACUGGCUGAAGAGGAGGGAAGGGGCAAGGAUGGCAGGCAGGUGAUGGUGAGUGUAGCAGGCUGCCACCCAGCCCUGGUACUGCCUGACACACUGCUGUGUGACAGAACCAUGGCGCAAUUCUGCCAGCUCUUCUUCAGACUUGAACUGGUUCUCCCCACACCCUUCUUCCUUCUUCCCCACCGUCCCCGGGGAGAAAGGUAAUUGUGACUGCCUGGUUGUUCCUAGGCAGCUGCUCUUUCUCCAAAACUUCAGGAGGUCUGCUCCAUGCAGGCAUUGGGCUGGGCCUUCACGUCACAGCUGGCAAUUGCCCAGAAGCCACAUUCAGGUGGUUGUGGUUCUGAUCUGUUGUGCUGUUACAAAAUGAAGUGAAAAUAAUCUGUUACUAUUUUGUGAAUAACUUUUCCAACUCUCCUGCUGCAUCUGCAUCACUAGAGGUCAGCUGUUAGCUUCAGUGAGCCAGAAGCACAGCUGGCUUGUCAGUUAGCCAGGGUAACCCCAUCACCUACCAUCGCUACAGCCACCAGCAGUCAGUGCUUCCUUCACUCACAUGAGUGGGUGGGAGUGCAGCUGGCCAGCAGCACCCUGUGCUGCAGUGACUUGGCAGUGCUACAACAGGUGGGCCCCAAAUAGCAGUCACAGCUCAUGCUUGAACAGGGGGUGGGAGCAGGGUGCACACCUCAUAGUCCAUAGGAAGACUUUUCCACAGAUUAAGAAUUGGAUGUUGUAUCUGUUGAUUAUAGGCAUAUGUAGAUAAUUAAAACCUCAGCGAUUACCAGAAGUUUUUUCUGUAAUCCAGAUGUGAAGCAGAAGACAUUACUUAGCACCAUGCUGAAUGAAUACAAAAUGGUUGGAAUACAACUAAUAAAUACACAGGAAAUGUUUCUUAGUAGCAGGAUGUUGGUUCACUGGUAUUGCACCCAUAUGUAGCAAGGAAAAGGCUCCCAGAGAAAUGCAGUUUGUCAGCUGCUAUUGCUGUUGCAAAGGUAUUGUUAGGAAGUUUCUUGGCAUGUUUUUGUGACUAGUGAUGAUAUCAGUUAUCAGCUUCUGCUUAAGUAGUGGCUGAGUUGAGCAAGGAAAAGUUAAUCCAUCAGAGAUGAAUUUUAAAACAUGUUAAUUGUUGUUUAUUUUAAUACUUUUAACUUGAAAUAGUUCUCUUUUCUAAGAAUACUGCUGUAUUUACAUUUUGAUACCUCUUUGCAGAGACAAAAAAUUACUUUCCAUGGUGAUACUAGAAAAGUUCUGAGUUUUAUUUUUAAAUCGUGCAGGUAAAGCACCUCUACUUGGUCCAUUCCUUCUAUUGAGAGGAAAUGAUGGACAGAAUUACUUGGGGUAGUUAAAGCCAAAGAUUUUGCUCUCAUAGGAGGGCUGCAUAUUUCCUAUAAAGGGUAUAUUGUAAUGCUGUACAAUUCGCUCUAUAUUCAAACUUACUUUUAACUAUCUCUGCUUACUGAUUCACUGCUCCAGAGCACUUAGUAGGUCAAAAUGGUAAGAGAGAAAGCAGUUGAGCAGCCCAAGCUGUGAGCAGGAGGAGUGGAAAUUGGAAGAGCAUUGCUUGGAGUACAGUGGUUUACUGGGCGAGUGGGCAAGGAGCAGAGUUGCUGCUGCUUUGGGCCCUGAGAUGGGGAGAAAACAGCCACCUUCCUCAAAAGAGAGAGUGUGUUCACCAGGAUGGGGGGGAACUGCAAAGCUACCUUAUUCAAGCAGGUCAAGCACAGGGAGACAAAACAGUAGGGCUUGGUAUCUGUCAGAGCAAGAUGCUCUUUCAGUUAGCAGCUUGGAGAGGGCUAUUCCUUCCUUUGACCUCUCAUGGAUGAAAUGAAGAAACAUCCUGUGGCCUUUAUACAGCACCUGAAUCAGGCCUGAACAAUUUAGGUAAGGUGGUUUUUUUUUUUCAUCCUUUGUCUAUCAAGUUCCUAGAUACUGCUGAUGGAGUGACACACUUCACUUCUAACAGAGAAGUAGUAGUGGUUUGUUUGCUGAUAAAAAAAACAUCAGUUUUCACAACAUUUCAUAGUUGGUGUGUUGUGUAUAGCCUAGGAAAUAAGAGGCUGGAGGAACAGCACUGCAGACAGGGAUCUGGGGGUCCUGGUUGAUGACAAGUUGAACAUGAGCCAGCAGCGCCCUGGCAGCCAGGAGGGCCAGCGCU